AGGAAGCGUCGACGAUUGAAUGAAUCUUUUCAGUGCUAGCAAUGGCAUAUGUCGGCAGUGCAGGUUCCGGAGACGGAGAAGAAGAGGGAAGGAGGACACUACAACCAUUCCAAGCACGACAUCAUGCAGCACCACAAUACCGCCCCGCUCCAUGCUGCUGCUCGGCCUUGCCUGCGCAUUGGGAUUCACACAUCCUUUACACGCUUUCGCCCCGCGGUCAAACUUGCCUCCCGGUUUCUUUUCCUGCUCUCACGUCGCGUCCAGAGCAGGACGGCCGCCAGCACAUGCCGCCACUUCCUCGCGCUCUCCGUCCUCCUCCGCAACGAGAAUUUUCUCCGCCCUCGUCCGAGAGGGUGAAGGCGAAGACGAGGACAAAGAAGAGGAUUGGGCAAUGCUAGAGUUCAAGGACAUGCUCUUGGGCGGCAAAAAGAAAGCGAAGCCGCGGGCGCCGAAGCUCCCUCCUCGAGGCCCCAGCCCCGUUCAGCUUCAGCCGGAAAGCCCCGUGGAGAUAUGGCACCAGGGACACUUGGCCUUCGGGAACUACGAGGGACGCCUUAAAAAGGCUUCGAUCAACGUGCGGCUGGAGCACGGGGAAAGGGUGGCCGUGGACGCAGGGCAGCUCACGGGGAUAUGGGCCGCCCCCGUCACGAGCGAGCAGGAGCAGACGCCUGCGUCCUGGGCGUUGGAGGAGCAGGAGGGCGGUCCAGCGACGCCGGAGGCGUGGGCGGUGGUGCGGCUGCGGGCAGGGAGGGCGAUGAAGAGCCUGAGCCCGCGGGCCCUCUCAUUGGAGCGCUUCUGGUCGCUGGCCAUGCACCGGUGGCGGCGGGACAAGGCCCCGGUCGACUCCCACCACCUGGCGGCCUUCCUCUUCCACCGGCCCGAGUACGAGGCCGCGCUCAAGGAGGAGCAGCAGGAGCGCACGCGGGAGUCGGAGACCCUAGACGGGUCGGGGAAAGAUGCCUUCACACUGGGGCUGCCGAACGUCAGCCCCGCUCAGCGGUAUGCAGCCGCUGUGCUCCUGGCGGCGGAGACCUUUCGAUUCAAACGCAGCGUGCCUCGGGUUUUGAGCCCGGGAUCUGAGGCGGCAGGGUCGAAGGUGGGAGAAGAGAGCGUGCCGGGGUUGUUGGUGGAGGGGGAGGGGUUCCGGCCCAUGGAGCAGUCAGUAGUGCACUCGAGGGAGGUGCUGGCCUUCGUGCAGGCGGUGCGUCACCAUGAGGAGAGGCGUGCCUUGCUCCGGUCGGACAAGCUGCUGGAGGAUACUACGGAGGGAGGG